AUAUUUGACGUGGAUCUAACUCUUUGCGGGAACACGUACGUAACGUUAGGACUUGACUAGUUGGACCGAGGAAACCAAUCUACAUGAUCUACGGGUAACCGUCUAACCGACUGAUCAGGUGACGACUACCAGUACGCGUAUCACGUGAUCUGAAAAUCAACUUCAUACCGCUUCGAUUGCACUCGACGGUGACCGGACCGACUGCCAAGAAAAGCUGGAAAUAGGACUCAAAUAUAUAAAUUCAACAUGGCAACUAAACUCGUACAGUGGCUUACUGUCUUUACUCUCCUUGCCAGUCUCUGGAGUGCCUUGGUGUUUGACAUCAUUCCUGUCAAGUUAGAUAGCAGAUUUAAAGAAGUUAUAUGGCCAUUUCCUGUGUAUCUUCUUGUGGUAUUCGGGUGUUUUUCCCUUGGAACUAUUGGUUACAGAGUUGCUACAUUUAAUGACUGUGAAGAUGCUGCAGCCUCACUUAAAGAGGAACUCAAAGAAGCAAGAGAAGAUCUGAAAUGCAAAGGAUUUAAAUUCUCAUGACACAGUAGGAUAUCAGAACUCUAGAACUUGUAGAGACAUCUCAACAAAUGAAUAAGCUUUAAAGGCAAUUGUACUUCAAAGAAUAAUUGCUAGGUAUGAUUGUACUCAAGCUUUCAUUCCAGUCUUGUGGUUUUACACUGCAAAUUUGUAUGACAAAGAGUUAAACCUGAGGAUUGAUAUCAUGAAUACAAUGUUACAUUUCAAUUGAUCUCUAUAGUCACAAGGGUGCAUUUCGCAUUAAUUAGGUGGAAGUUUUCAAUUGACAUGUUGAUUUAGAUCAAUUUUCACAGCAUACUUUAACCAUUGCAAUGCAACCAAUAAGUAUGAAUUGAGCACACUGUGGCAAAGGCGAUCAUUUAAUAUUAAUCGCUUUCCCAGUAAAGUAAGCAUGAGAAAAAGAAAUUUGUUAAGUGCUUGACAUCUGCAUAAACUAUGGUUUCAAGCCAUUUACUCAAAACCACUUUUGUGAAAUUAGGUCAUUGUUGUUAAUAAAUGGCAUGUGCCUAGUUGUGGUUUAGUAAGAAAGCCUCACAUGUAUUUUAUCAUUUGGAUAGGGUUAGGCAUUACUUAAAUAUUCUACCAUUUGCAAAUCAAAAAUUAAAGCAAAAUAAAACCUGCCAGGACACUAGGGUGGUUGAAUUGCAUUUUGACACAAGAUGAGAAAAACCUUUGUAUUUUUCAAAUGCAAUCACCAGAAUUAUAUUUUGAUUGGAAAAAAUAAAUGAUUUUAUUUUUAUAUUCUUAUGUACUUUGUGAACAAGUAACUAUGUUCUUUCCUGAUGAUAAUGAGUACACAGUUUCAAACUUGAGGCAUCUGGUAUAAUGUGUGUACAAAAUAUUCAGUUUGAUAUGUGUGGUGUAAAGAUUGGGUGGUCUGAGAAACAGACUAGUCACAAUGUAUGUAAUUAUGAACCAUACAAACUUAUGAUUGAAUUAUCAAGUUAUUAAAAGUAAGGUCUUCAUGAUGUUCUUGCCAAAAGUAAUGUUGUACUUGACAAGUACUGUUUGCUUAAGACCAAUAAUUUUUUUUGUACUGCUUAUGAAUUGUUCUAUUCAAAAUAUUCUCUCAAUUAUCUAUUAGACAUUCCCAUUAUCCCACAGACCUCUUUGGUCAUCAAUUUAAAUGUGAAGAAAAUAAAAACUGGCUCUAAACUGACAUAGUAAGUUGCUAAAACUCUUUAUUUUUGAUCCUGCAACUAAUUUUACUGUGCCUUGAAUAAUAUUGGACAUCAAAUUUGUCAUAUAAGUUCUUCUGAUGAAUGUAGCAUUUACCAUAUUUAUGUGAUUUGAUCUAGGAGGUUUCAAAUGAGAUGGAGUAACAGCAAAUAAAAUCCCUUUGAACAAGGUUAAAAACCACCAGCAGAAGUUAUGUCAGGCAUGCACUUUGCUCAACAUCUCUUUCAAUUGUGUAGACAAAUGAUUCCUGCAUGACUCUGCAGCUAUAGGUCAUAAAGGGAAAUAUGCUCUUGUGAUGGUAAUUACUUUUUCGGCCCAUCUGGUAUGGUUUUAUGUGUAGUACAUAAUUCGGAGGCAUGCAAAAAUAAACUAUUCAGCAUUAUGUCCUGAAAUAUGACUCAAAUUUACUUGACUGGGCAUGUGCGGGCACUCAUCUGGCAUAUACAAUAAUGAAUAGCAAGAUCAAGUUUAUUUAAACCAAUCAAAACAUGAGACAUAUUACACAGUUUAACAAAAAAUAAGAAUACAUGAUUGGUUUGGGACCCCAUAGAAGCAGAGCUUGUGAGAGGGGCCCCUUACAUAGAACCUUACAGCAAAAAUGAGAUGAAACAUAUAUACAAUGAUAAUCUAGAGAGUAAAUAAGAAAAAUACAUACAAAAAUCCACACACACACACACACCCUCACACACACACACAUAUGGUUUAUCAAGAUUCAAUUUAAGAUAUUUUGUAAUCUUUCAAAUAAAUAUUUUCAACAUGAAUUUUUAAAUAUGGGCAGUGUUGGACUGGAUCUAAAGCUUUGUGGUAACUUAUUCCAUUCUUUGAUACAAACUAUUACAAAAUAAUUCAAAGCAGUAUUUGUUCUUGUAAGUGGUUGGUGGAUAAGAUUUUUCUGCCGUGUAUUGUACAAAUGGACAUUCGAGUUAACAACAAAUGCAUCUUUUAAAAAUGAACAGUUUUGAGAGGAUUGUGAUUUGUACAUAAAUAUCAAACAAUUGAACGAGACUAAAUCAUCAAGAGGCAAAAUCUUCAAUUGCAGAAAUAAAGGAAUACCUAGACAUCUGUAAUUCGAAUAUGUUAUGAGCCUCAUAACAAUAUUCCACCGACCACAUUUGAAAUUUUAAUUUGCCGCAAACGAUCGGAAAAGUGUUAAAAUCUGGUUUCAGUAAAGGUCAAAUUCUUACUUUUUUCACUAAUUAAAGGUAAAUUGAUAUAAUCUGGGCAAAUAUCUCAGCGUAAUAAUGCUUGGUUAUUGACGUCUUGUCAUGCGUUCAAAUUUCAGUUUGUUUAUUAAUAGAAAAGAUGGAAAAUUGAUACAAAUGGAUAUUCGUAAAAUUUCACUCUGAUUUUUUCACUGAAACUGGCGGCUUCAAAGGUGGACAUCAAAAAGGUCUUUACUGCUGUUCUUUUGUGCUUCUUUAGAAAUAAACAGCUGCUUGAAUAAAUUUGUUGCCUGUUGGAACUCCAGUCAUAGAAUCUUCUUGAUUUGAUUAAGAUUCUAAUAGUAUAUCACAACAGGUAUUGUGCUUGCAGGUUUGUUUCAUCCGACCGUGGCAUGGGCAUUCAUAGUCUGUCUUGCAUCUAUAGACAGCUAUUCGUUCUACAAUUUUUGGACGCUCAUCUAUUUGAUGCAGUAUUCAGAACCAGGGGUGGUAUUCUGGAACACUGUCAUACCGGUGUGUUGGCUCAGUUGGUAGAGCAUUCAUCUAUCAACCGGGAGGUCAGGAGUUCAAACUCGGCCCCGUCAGACCAAAUGACGUUUAAAAAAUGCUGCUACCCUGUUUGGCAUUCAACGAUUUAAGGGAUAGAGCCUUGUCGAUCUGGCGCUGCACAGCGGCUACCGGGCCCACGAUAAAUUGGGCAAAGCAAAUUUUCUGAGUAUUUCAUUUCAUGUCUAUUUCGAACAAUAAAAUGUAAAAAAAUGUGGAUAACUUUUGUCAUAAUUUUGUAAUGUCUCUUUGCGAUGUGUCACCGCUGUGAUUGUCACAAAUCGGUAUUCUGAAUAAUAUUGUCUUUACCCUGUCAUAUCUCUCUAAGUUCCCACCCAACCAAUCAAAAUCAUAGUUAGUUCCUAGUGGGAGCCCUUCUUACUAAUAGGAAGGCCCGGUGGCAGGUAGGGCGUAUCCCCAAUACCGUAGCUGGCAUCGCGCAACUACGCUUAUAUUGAUGCGCUUAAUUACAAAAAGAGACAGAGCUGUGAAGGAUUUUAGAAAAGGGAAUACAGAGAAAAAAGGAAGAAUUAAUAAUUAUGUAGGGCCUAACUAAUUAUAGCAUGAAAAAUAUUUUUGAAAAUUGUCAUGGAUUAUGACUGUACAGUGUAAAUAAUACCACAAUAUAAUCUAAAUAAUAUUAUUAUAUGCUUGACAUUUAGUCGGCAGGGUAACAGGAUAUUUGGUACUAAAAGAUAUGACAAAAUUUAAGACUGAUAUCCCCCUGUCAUAAAUUUUGUCAUGUCUUUUGCUUCUAAAUUGGGAUUAUGCGUAUUUAAUACCCCUUUCACAAACCCAUCCUCCAAUUAUCCGCACUAUUUUUUUACGAGCGCCCGACCUGAAAAAGGCGGAUAAUUGUCAUGGCAACUGCACAUGCCCCCUCCGAUGGGGUUGUGUUGGAAAAGGGUGACCUUUUGUGACUGCACCAUGGCAAUUAUCCGCAUUACUUUGGAAAUGCAUUCACAAAGCCAAAAUCUGGUCCCGCUCCGAUUUUACAACCAAAUUAUGUGGAUAUUAUCCGCAUAAUUGGGUUUGUGAAAGGGUUAUUAGAGCCGCAUAUUUUUGGUGCGCACUAAAGAGAAGAGACAAAAUUUAUGAAAAUUUUUGUGACAAAAGUUAUGACAUCCACCAGUAUACCGAUUUUGUCAUAUCUCUGAGGAAAAUUAAAAUAUGGAGAAAAGACAAUGUUCAGAAUACCGCCUGCAGGCAUAUUUUGUAGUGUUGAGAUCACAGGUCAGGGUCAAAGGUCAUACAUCAUAUUUGUCUUCAAAGUGGUAUUAUUGUCACUUCAUGACUCCUACUAUGGUAAAGUUGUGAGUUCUAAAUGUUUAAUCUUUUAUUACAGAUAAUCUUUUGAAUUAAUUGUUAUAAUACACAACUGGCAAUUCAAAUAUUCUGUUAUAUCUGUUUCUCUGUAAGUACCCACUUUGUUUGAAAAUUGUAACUUUUUUCUAAUGGUUUUUAUUUCAACUACAUUUAUUUCUUCUCAGCAAUUAUUUAUUAGCAUAGGGUUAGACCUAGGAUUGUAAUAGAGCUCUUUGUUCUGAAUAAUAAAAAGGUAAGGAUUAGGGUUUAUUUAGUUUUGCAGGUCAUUGUUUAUGUUUGGCUUAAUGUGGGGAAUUUUCAUCGGAGCAAAUGUCGCCAGAGCAAAUGUCAUGGAACCUAUAUAUUAAUCUUGCUAGUAUUAAGUCUGAUGCACUUUUCAACUUCUGUUUCUUAAUUCUCAUUUAUUAAAUUAUUGCCUGGGUUCUGUAACUAGCCCAAAGGAUCAGUUCAUAAGGAUCAUAAUGACCAACCUCACUCUAGAUUUCCAGCAUAUUGCAAGGGCAGGUCCAUGUUAUUUCACUUACAAAGAACAUGAGAUGGCAUAAAAUGUUACUGUUUUGGUACGAUCAUCUUCCUAAUAGGUUGGUCAUGCUCUUUUCAACUUAUCGCUGGUUUUUAUGUGUUGAAGUAUCAAUGAUUUACGAAUAGGAGGGAAUUUUUUUCUUACAUACCCACACUUUUUAGAUAAAUUGCCUUAAGUUUAUAUUUUAGCUUUUUAACAUUGAUAUACAUGUAGUUUGAUUUGAAAUAUUUCCGAGAACCUGUGUUAUUUUUUUAAUGCAUAUAAAUUCUCUAUCAAUUUUAACUGCAGCAUCAUCAAUGAAUUCCCAAAAGAACUAGGAUUUGUUUAAGUCUGACUUAUCAAAAAUUGACCCAAGAGAUUAACAAUGUUAAACUUCUACAAAUACUAUAUAUUCAUCUUUAUCCGAGCACUAUUAUUCUCUUCUAUACAAGAAAGGUUAUCACUUACAUGGACGUACAGACAGGGUGGUGGGAGCUAAAAGGUUCCAUUACUGACAAACAAAAGGAAAAUAGUAAAAAUGAAAGAGGGUGAAAAUAUGAUUAAAUUUUCAUGUUAUGUAAAUUAUUUUCUUCAAAACUUAGAAUUUCAUUUUGAAAAGGCCAAAAGUUUAUCUCACUUGGACUCAUGGGAAAUUUAGAUCCAUGCACCAUGUUCUGCCUCCUAAAAUAUCUAGCUUGUUAAGGAAAAGAUCACUGAUCAGGAUUAAUAUCCUAGAAAGUGAACUCGUACUUUUUUAAUCAGCGGUACUAUAUUUCAAAAGUAUUGUGGACCCUGGGAAAAAUAAUUCAGAAAUUGGGCUUUGUGUAUAUACAAACAUUUCUGUUUUAUAAAAUCAUUUCAGGAAAAUUAUCUUUAAAAACAGAUAAGAAAAUUUAGGCUCACACCAUCUAAACUGGCUUCCAAAAGAAAUUGAUCAAAUUUUAGAAUGGCAGUUCACAAAUUCCACUCAUUCAAAAUGAACAAUAUUUUUUCACAGGAAACGCAGAGAGGUUAUAGCCCCUCAUAUUAGUGAUAAACUGGGAAGUUUGUUUAAUCCAUCUCAUUUUCAUUUGUCUUUUUCCAUUUUGUGACUUUGGAUUCUGAAAGCAAUUAAUGUGAGGGGCUAUAGCCUCUCUGUGAUUGAACCAAUCUCUUAAUUAUUGACACGUGCUUAGUAAAGAUUAUUGAAGCUUAGUUUUGCUCACGUUUUAACAUUAUAUAUAUUAAAUUCUUCUCAAGACUGUAAUCAAAUGGUGCUCGGUACAUGAACACUUCAACUUUGGAAGUCAAAUAAAAAAAAAACUGGAAAAGGCAGAUAUGUUUGUUUUAAAAAUUCUCCAAAUGUUCUGGGGUUAUUUUAGCAAAAGUUACAUAUGCUGUUGUAUUCUCUUGUGCAUUGGCUUCAUGAAAGAAGCAACCCAUUUGCCUAUAGUUGAAAUAAUAGUUUUAUGAAUAUAUUGCUGUUAAAAUUUAUUCAUUACUGCUUAUACUUUGUGUGUAAUUGGUAUAUGAUACAUGCCAAAGUCAAAAGGGAUUAAUAAAAAUAUAAGAAAUGUA